GGGGUCGAAAAAAAUCAGUCGGUUUAUACAAGCUCUUGACAACGAUGUUUGAACUGUCCUGGGUUUUUUUAACUGUAUCGAGAAAGAUUCAGAUAUCAAUGAAUACUUUAACAGUGCAUAACCUAAGACAUUACUGUCUACAACCCACAAACUCUACUAAGAACCUUCAGUUCAGAAAAACCAUGAAUCGCCGCUUAACCUUUGUCGUCGAAUAGAUUGGACAUUGGAACGUAGAGGAUAUUAACAAAGAAUUUGUUUUUAGCUCAAGCGCUUACACUGAAUUUUCGAGCACGAUGCACAGAGAAGGCGGUAGAUCUUACAAAGCUAUCCAACCUCCUAUUGGUGUUGUUUAUAAUUUCUUGCAGAAGAAAGCACGUGUGAGGGUAUGGCUGUAUGAACAGUGUAACUUACGAAUUGAAGGAGUGAUAAUUGGUUUUGACGAGUACAUGAACCUAGUGUUGGCUGACGCUUGUGAAAGGCACAUGAAGUCAGGAGCUAAAAGACCUUUGGGAAGGAUCCUCUUAAAAGGAGAGACGAUAACGCUCGUCCAGGUUGCGAAUUAACGGAGUUAUUUCAGAUUCUGAUAAAUCACUGUUAAUAUUUCCCACUUUGUACGUUAAAGUACAUAUAAAACCAUUUGAUGUAAUUCUUUGUAGUGUUAGACUUGUUUCUUUAACGUGUUAUUCGUAAUAAUUCAACUCUCCAGUGAUAUCAUAUAUAAGAGGAUAUGGCGAAGGUUAUCGUUGCAUUCAUAUUCGACCUAUUAAGAUGUCUAAAACUGUAUCAUUUCCUGUUCACUUUGUUAGCAAUAACUUAUCAUAUUAAUGACUUCCAAAUCAUUCACAGAUCACAUUUAAGGAAAAUUGUUUUGCUUUAUCAAACGAAAAGGUAUUGCUCUGAAAAUAGACGAAAGUAGUUGUAG